CUGUGAGGUCAGAUAGUGGUCUAGAGCAUGAGGCUUAAUUUAUUGCCAGAAACAGAGAGAGGAAAGAAGAAGAGAAAGCUCAGCAAAUUUUCUUGCCAUACUUCAUGACUUCACUGUGGUUAAGUGUGGGGACCAGACAGACUCGUGGGGACAUCCAGGUGCUGAAGCCUUCAGCUACUGUCUCAGUUUUUUGAAGUUUAGCAAUGGCGCCUUUGUCUGCUGAGACCAAUUCAACUGACCUACUCUCACAGCCGUGGAAUGGGUCCCCAGUAAUUCUCUCCAUGGUCAUUCUCAGCCUUACUUUUUUACUGGGAUUGCCAGGCAAUGGGCUGGUGCUGUGGGUGGCCGGCCUGAAGAUGCAGCGUACGGUGAACACAGUCUGGUUCCUCCACCUCACCUUGGCGGACCUUCUCUGCUGCCUCUCCUUGCCCUUCUCGCUGGCUCACUUGGCUCUCCAGGGACAGUGGCCCUACGGCAGGUUCCUAUGCAAGCUCAUCCCCUCCAUCAUUGUCCUCAACAUGUUUGCCAGUGUCUUCCUACUUACUGCCAUUACCCUGGACCGCUGUCUUGUGGUAUUCAAGCCAAUCUGGUGUCAGAAUCAUCGCAAUGUAGGGACGGCCUGCACUAUCUGUGGAUGUAUCUGGGUGGUGGCUUUUGUGAUGUGCAUCCCCGUGUUUGUGUACCGGGAAAUCUUCACUACAGACAACCAUAGUAAAUGUGGCUACAAAUUUGAUCUCUCCGGCUCAUUAGAUUAUCUAGACUUUUAUGGAAAUCCACUAGAAAACAGGUCUCUUGAAAACAUUGUUCAGCUGCCUGGAGAAAUGAAUGAUAGGUUAGAUCCUUCCUCUUUCCAAGCAAAUGAUCACCCUUGGACAGUCACCACUGUCUUCCAACCUCAAACGUUUCAAAGACCUUCUACGGAUUCACUCCCUAAGGACUCUGCUAGUCACAGUCCGUAUUCUAAUGUAUUUAAACCUGCCGGUGUGGCCUCACCUGAAAUCCCCAGUGGGUUUCCUAUUGAAGGUCACAAAACUAGCCCACUGGAUAACUCUGAUGCUUUUCUCUCUACUCAUUUAAAGCUGUUCCCUAGUGCUGCUAGCAAUUCCUUAUACGAGUAUGAGCUACAAGAUUUCCAGGAUUAUUACAGUUUAGGCCAAUUCACAUAUGACAAUCAAGUGUCAACACCCCUCGUGGCAAUAACGAUCACGAGGCUAGUGAUGGGUUUCCUGCUGCCCUCUGUUAUCAUGAUAGCCUGUUACAGCUUCAUUGUCCUCCGAAUGCAAAGGGGCCGCUUUGCCAAGUCUCAGGGCAAAACCUUUCGAGUGGCAGUGGUGGUAGUGACCGUCUUUCUUGUGUGCUGGGCUCCAUACCACAUUUCUGGAGUCCUGUCAUUGUUUACUGACCCAGAAACUCCCUUGGGGAAAACUCUGAUGUCCUGGGAUCAUGUAUUCACUGCUCUAGCAUCUGCCAAUAGUUGCUUUAAUCCCUUCCUUUAUGCCCUCCUGGGGAAAGAUUUUAGGAAGAAAGCAAGGCAGUCCAUUCAGAGCAUUCUGGAGGCAGCCUUCAGUGAGGAGCUCACACAUUCUACCCACUGUUCCUCAAACAAUGUCUUUUCAGAGAGAAACAGUAUUAGUACAACUGUGUGAAAAUGUGGGGUAGCCGACAAGCAGGGGCUCUUAGGUAAUCACACAGUGAACGUUUCUAAAAGGAUGAAGUGAUAUGGUGAGCAGGGGACCUCAAAAACUGUCAAAGAAUCAAUCCAACGGUUCUCAAAGUGUACACAGACUACUGGCAUCAGCAUCACCUAGAAACUUGUUAGAAAUGCAGAUUCUCAAGCCCCAUCCCAGGCUUGCUGAAUUGGAAUCUCUAGGGGUUAGGACCCAGCAAGUGCAUUGAACAAACUCUCUCGUUUCUGAUUAAUGCAAAAUGUAAAAAUCAUUGUAAAAAUUAGUUCUGUUUCUAUCCUAAAGCAAGCUGGGUGACAUAAGAGAAUUUACUCUGUUUUUAAAUGUUUGAUGUUAAAUGUUUGUUGAUGUUUCCCUCAUUAAAUUUUUCCUUAGCAUUUGUCUAAGUCUUCCAGA